AUGGCGAAGAAGGGCCGUACCAAGGGCGAGAAGCCCGAAGCGCUCAUCUCUGCCCUACAGGCAGCUAACGAAGAUCUCAGGUCCAAAUUGACUGACAUUCAAAUAGAACUGCAUCAAGAGAAAUGCAAGGUAGGCCAUUUUCGUGAGAAGGUGCAAGAGUGCAAACGGAUCCGGGAGCAGGAGCAGCACAGGCACACGGCCACGCUGACAGAGCAGCGAGCCAAAUGGCACGAGGAGAAGCAAAAAGAGCUCCAGGCACUCAGGGAGAACCUGGUCCGCCAGCACGAGCAGGAGCAGGCCCGCACCGCCAAGAUCAAGGACCAGGAGAACCAGCGGCUCAAGGCGGCGCUGAGCGCCAUGCGGGACGGCAGCGGAGAGAAGGUGCGCACGGCGCUGACCCUAGAGGCCAAGGAGGAGGCACGACGCUUUUUCGACGUGGAGAGGGUCAAGCUGCUGCAAGAGAUCUCGGAGCUCAAGCAGAACAAAAAGCAGACGGACGAGGCACUCAGCACCAUGAUCCAGGCGGAUAAGAUGAAGGCCGGGGAUCUGCGCUCCGAGCAUCAGAUGCACCAGGAACACAUCUCCAAGAUCAAGUGGGACAGCGAGAAGGACAUCCGCAGACUGGUGGAUGAGAUCAAAUCCAAAGAGCGCACCAUCUUCUCUCUGGAGAAGGAGCUGGAGAAUGCCAUUGGCUUGCUGCAGAAGAUGCAGAUGCAAAAGGAUGCCCUGGAUGACCAGCUGUUCCUGGUCAAGGAGGCAGAGUGUAACCUGGGCAGCCCCAAGAGAGAGAUCCCCGGGCGGGCUGGGGACGGGGCGGAGCACUGUGGCAGCCCGGUACGACAUAGAAAGGCAGAGGGGAACUUGGAAAUGGACAUGCGCAGGAACCAGAGACGCAUGGCCGACCUCAACUCCACCAUCCGCAAGCUGGAGGACCGCAACUCACUGCUAGUGGAUGAGAGGAAUGAACUGCUAAAGCGUGUGCGGGAGUCGGAGAAGCAGUGCAAGCCCAUGCUGGAAAAGAACAAGAUGCUGAACAAGAGGAACGAUGACCUCAGCCAGACCCUGCAGCGCAUGGAAGAGAAACUCAAAGGCCUGGCCAAAGAGAACCUGGAGAUGAAGGAGAAGAUCAGCUCCCACCCACCGCUGAAGAAAUCCAACUGUAAGUCUCUGAAUGAUCUGGACCAGGCACAUGACGACCAGGAGAUUGAGUUCCUUAAGCUGCAGGUACUGGAGCAGCAGAGCAUCAUCGACGAGCUGACAAGAGAUAGGGAAAAGCUCCUGCGGAAGAAGAGGCAUAAACGAAGCAACAGGCAAAUAAAGAGGCACAUUGUAGUGGACACCUUCUUCGGAUACGAUGAGGAAUCCAUGGACUCGGAGACGUCCUCUGUGGCUUCGUUUCGCAUGGACCGCACCCCAGCCACUCCUGAUGAAGACUUGGAUGAGGGACUGGCUAACGAGGAGUCGGAGCUGCGCUUCAGGCAGCUGACCAGAGAAUACCAGGCCUUACAGAGAGCGUACGCCCUGCUACAGGAACAUCAAGGGGGCCUUUUAGACGCUGAGAUGGAAGCUAAGGCUCAGGAGCAGCUCCAUGCAGACGUUCUCAGGUACAAGGCCAAGAUAGAAGACCUGGAGAAGGAGCUCGCCCACAAAGGACAGGACUCCAAGUGGGUAGAGGAGAAACAGCUGUUCUUCAGGAGGAAUCAGGAGCUACUGGAUAAGGUGGAGAAGUUGGAUGGAAAAUGCAGUCGACAGCAACAGGAGCUGCAAGACUCCAAGGACCAGAAUGAGCUCCUGGAAUUCAGAAUACUGGAACUAGAGGAGCGUGAGAGGAAAUCCCCUCCGUUUAAUCAUCUCCGCAUGCAUCCGUUCUCCGAGGGUGUCAGCGCCCUGCAGAUCUACUGCAUGAAGGAAGGAGUGAAGGAUGUCUGUAUACCUGACCUGAUCAAGCUGCUCGACAUUCUGGGUGAUAACGGGAACUUGCGAAAUGAGGAGCAAGUGGCCAUUAUUCAAGCCAGCACUGUCCUCUCUCUUGCUGAAAAGUGGAUACAACAGAUCGAGGGCACAGAGGCAGCGCUGCAUCAGAAGAUGAUGGAUCUGGAGCUAGAGAUGGAGAUGUUCUGCAAGCAGAAAGGCUAUUUGGAGGAGGAGCUGGAUUACAGGAAGUCAGCCCUGGAUCAGGCCUACGUGCAAAUCCAGGAGCUGGAGGCUACUCUGUACAACGCACUGCAGCAGGAUAAGGUGAUCGGAUACGGCGAGCCUCUCAGUGACAUGCAGAAGGAUGAGCUUCGUACGUCCGUGGAGAAGUUACGCAGGCAGAUGCUGAGGAAGAGCAGAGAGUUCGACUGUCAGGUCUUGGCUGAGAGGAUGGAGCUGCUCCACCAGGCCCAUCAGAGAAUCCGGGACUUGGAGGAUAAGACAGACAUCCAGAGGAGACAAAUCAAGGAUCUGGAGGAGAAGUUUUUGUUUCUGUUCUUAUUCUUUUCUCUUGCCUUUAUCAUUUGGCCUUGA